AGCGCGGUGAUGAUGAUCUCGGAACCCAUACUUGACCGGUUGUGUCUUGCUACAUAUUUUACAAACAAGUAGAACAUCACUCGAGAUGUCAUUGACCUAUUUACGCGACAACACAACUGUCAUCCCUGUUUAGCCCCAAAUUCGAUAUACACUUAUUAAAUGGCUGUCGUUUUCUCUGGAGUUUAGUGACUCCGUCUAACGAGCUGAAUCGCACUCUUACGUCACUUCUGUUUGGAAGAGCGGGUGCACACUGAUUGUUUUUCCCCACCCGUGUUUAUUCAAAACCCGUUUUGCAAGCUAAAAUUUUCCCGAGCAAGCGAUCAAUCGUUUCUCAAGCUCCCCGGAAGAAAGGCCAGCAGCCCGGCACGCGCGUCGAGAGGUGGAGCCUGACAUCAGAAAACAGUCGCGCCGAGUUGAAUGUUUAGCUUGUAAGCUAGUCGCCUGACGGCUUUAAUUCAACCCAUUUAACAACAUUCGCGAUGGAGUCUUCUUCAUUCGGAAUAUGCGAUAGCAAGUGUUUGGCCACCGUUAGAGGACAUGUGCUCAGAAAUGGACAAAAAGAACCAAGACUCCUGUCCCUGUUAGAGUGUUCUGGACAGUUCAAGUUGGAUAUUCUGGCAAACCCUGAAGCAAUUGUAUUAAGCCCAGUGCCCCAGCUGUCCAUCCCCAUCAAUAAAAAAUUUCAGUUAGUUCGAGAGGCUGAAGAAGCACUUCUUAUUGACCUCUCAAUUGACUCCACGUUACGGAUUCAUCUUCAAGGCGAGCAAACACCAGAGCUUCUGCUGGAGCUGCAGGAUGACAUUCACACUCAGUCCUUCUUGCAGCAUGUGACGAAAGCCAAACAGCAAGCUGAGAAGAGGAGUUUACCGCCCAGAAAGAUGGAGCCUGUUGUACCUGUUCCAGUCCCACCUCAAAGAGGAACCUCCAAAUCCACCUCAAAUAACAUCAGCAAUAGCACUUUAGUAAAGCCCUUAAAAACAGACUCUGCCCUCUCAAUGGCCACGGAUUUUGGCUUUGAACAGAAGAAGAACCAGAAAAACCGUACAGUGGCACAACGAGGGGCACCUCCUCCACCACUGCCUCCUCUUCCCCCUCGGAAGGGCACAUAUACACCAUCGACUAAUCACGCAGCAGGCCCAUCCACCAAAGAAAGGCCACCAUCUGCACAGAACUCCACACCUGUCAGAAAUGAAUUUCAGUCUGUAGACCGUUCCAGUUCCUGGUCUGACAGCCCGUCCAACUACACAAUGAGACAGGCCAUGAUGGGCACCCACAUAGGGUCAAGGGAAGGCUUGCUCAAGUAUCGCCUCAGCAAGAAGGAGAAAGAAUAUGUGGAUAUUAAGAACUUCAGGUUCUUUAUUGGCACGUGGAAUGUGAAUGGUCAGUCUCCUGACAGCAGUCUUGAGCCUUGGCUGUGCUGUGACCCGGACCCUCCAGAUGUCUACGCACUGGGAUUUCAGGAGCUGGACCUGAGCACAGAGGCCUUUCUCUAUAUGGACUCAUCCAAAGAACAGUUAUGGGUUGAUGCAGUAGAGAGAAGCCUCCAUCCUAAAGCCAGAUACAAACGGAUCCGUAUCAUUCGCCUAGUGGGAAUGAUGUUGGUGGUGUAUGUCAACAAGGAGCACAAACAACACAUUCGAGAGGUGGCUUCAGAGUCUGUUGGAACUGGCCUCAUGAAUAAAAUGGGGAAUAAAGGCGGAGUAGCAGUGCGUUUUGUGUUCCAUAAUACCAGCUUCUGCUUCGUAAACUCUCACUUGGCAGCUCAUGUGGAAGACUAUGAGCGGCGGAACCAGGACUACAAAGACAUAUGUGCCCGCAUGAGUUUCCACCUGCUGGAAUACCCCCCUCUCAGUAUAGUCAAACAUGAUGUGGUGAUUUGGCUUGGAGAUCUCAACUACAGGCUAUGUUUGCCUGAAGCUGGGGAGGUAAAAAGACUUAUUGAGGUAAAAGAGCUAAGGAGGCUUCAGGAGUAUGAUCAGCUGAACAUUCAGAGAACUACCAAACGUGCCUUCACCGACUUCAUGGAAGGGGAGAUUAAUUUCAUCCCAACUUACAAAUAUGACGCUAAAUCAGACCAAUGGGACUCAAGUGGAAAGUGUCGAGUCCCUGCCUGGUGCGACCGUAUCCUGUGGAGGGGGAGCAGCGUGAAGCAGCUCCAAUACCGCAGUCACAUGGAGCUGAAGACCAGUGACCACAAACCUGUCAGCGCUCUCUUCAGUAUUGGGGUGAAGAUGGUCAUUGACCAGCGCUACAAGAAGGUGUUUGAAGAGAUUGUGCGGGACAUGGACAGGAUGGAAAAUGACUUUCUGCCCUCUUUGUCCCUUACACGACGGGAGUUCAGCUUUGAGAAUGUGAAAUUUCGUCAGCUCCAGCGUCAGAGUUUUCUCAUCACUAAUGAUGGACAGGUCCCUUGCACAUUCGCCUUCAUUCCCAAACUCAAUGAUUCUCAGUACUGUAAGCACUGGCUUCGUGCUGAGCCCAGCGAAGGGGUACUAGAACCUAAUGAGAAAAUGGAGAUCUUCCUGGAGGUGUAUGUAAGUAAAGACUCUGUGACGCUGCUAAACUCUGGUGAGGAUAGAAUCGAGGACAUCCUGGUUCUUCAUCUGGACCGAGGGAAAGACUACUUCAUCACUGUGGCGGGAAACUACCUGCCCUGCUGUUUCGGCACAUCUUUAGAGACCCUGUGCCGUAUGAAGAAGCCCAUCCGUGAGAUACCGAUCACCAAACUCAUCGAUCUGGAGAAAUCCAGGAUGAAUUUCUUGUUGGACAGUGCAGAAACCGAGGAUAAACCUCUGAAGAUUCCCAAAGAGGUCUGGUUGCUUGUUAAUCACCUCUAUACCAAGGCCUGCCAGCAGGAGGACCUUUUUCAGACCCCUGGCCUGCAAGAAGAGCUACAAAAUAUUAUUGACUGCUUGGACACCAGCAUUCCUGAAUCCAUCCCUGGCUCUAAUCACUCAGUUGCCGAAGCACUAUUGAUCUUCUUGGAGGCUCUUCCUGAGCCUGUGCUGUGUUAUGAACUCUAUCAGCGCUGUCUAGAAUGCUCUCAUGACAGCCGCCUGUGCAAACAGCUCAUAUCUCAGCUCCCACGAGCCCAUCGCAAUGUGUUCCGCUACCUGAUGGCCUUCCUGAGAGAAUUACUUAAACACUCGAUUGACAACAACCUGAACGCCAACCUCCUAGCUACUCUCUUCGCAAGCCUCCUCGUUCGGCCGCCUCCCAACCUCGCUUGCAAACAGACGUCACACGACCGUCAGAAAGCCAGCGACUUCAUACUGGGGUUCCUAAUGGGAGGCGAUGAAGACUGAGGAAGAGGACCGCGGAAUGAGUUGUCAUGCCUUUUCUCAGAGGUGUUCAGAUUGAGCAAAAAGACAUUCUGUUUGUAGCUGGUCUUCUGGGAGAAUUUUGGGCCACCCUGCACUAAGAUGACUGACUUGCCUCCAUGAUGAAAGUUUGACACACAGUUUUGCACAGACACUGCCCAUUGGUUACGUUUCGUUAUUCUUCUGUUCCUGCUUCAGAUGAAUAGGUGUCAGUUUAUCUCCGUAGUAUGAAUAACUACACUUUAACCCUUACAAACCUCAUCUUUUUGACUGUAGCAUCUAUAAGGCUAUGUGCAACCACACUUUCUCUGGUUUUGUCCUCUGGAUCAGAGUGCUGUAAUGCCAAAUCCAAUAUUCCCGAGCAGAUUUGACUGAAUGUGUUAGAAGUGACUCACAGGCACUCAAAAACAUGACUUUGUUACUCUAAAGGAAAGCUAUGUUGACUGCUGCUGCCUGGGUUAAAUGCUCCGUCAGAGCACACUUUUCCAUCCGUCUCAUGCUCUAUUCCUUUUCUCCUUCAAAAAUGACCUUGACAGAGAAUUGUUUCCUACAUGGGGACUUUGACAAUUGACUACCUUUUGGAGUGGAGGAGAAGUCUGGACUAUGAUCUGAAUCAUGAUGACUCAGCUGGUAUUGUCCAAUGUGGUGUGCACAUGUUAUUUAUGUUUUUCUGUCUCCCACACAGUUGUCCUCAGCAUUUUGCAUUUGGAUGUCCUCCACAGAUGAAUAUAAGUCUGUUAUCUGUAAGAAACACGCUCUCCGGUCUCCUCCUCUGUCCGUUAUGAUGGCACAACCAUACCCAUAAUUCUAAGUCACCUUGAAUAAUGGCAACAAGGGGAUGAGGUUGCCUUCAUUAGAUCUGGACUCUGGGUCUGAAGCGUAUUCUUUUGAGGUCUUUCUCUGUUCUGGAUCCUGUUGUGUUACAGAGACGUUAAAAUUUUAACUGAUGUGCUCAGUGGGUCUGGUCUUUUAUCUGUCGAGUCUUGUGAUGAAGACUGAGUCGUGGUCCUUCUAUUUAUAUGUAUGUUGAGUGUUAACUAACUAACCCAGACUGGGAUGAUUUUAUGUACGUUUAGAGUCUUCGUGUCCUCUGUUGGUGUUGUUUCAGGUUACAUUUACACGUUCUGUUUCCGUGUCGUGACAUACCGGCAUAAGUUUAUCUCUCUUGAUCUCAUAGAAUUCUGCUGGUUUUUAACUUCUUGUGCCAGUCAGUCUGGUUUAGUACUACAGUGCGUAAAGAGGAAGUCUCCUCUGUUGUACUCGUAUUAUUCAUCCCCCCCAAUGCUAAAAUAUUAUUGUAGCACAAACCACACAAGCUGUUUCCCCACAGUGUGUGUGACAUUGUUGCCUCUGUCCAUUAGCAACAUUUCCUCAAAAUCUCACUGGAAAUGUUUUGCGUGAGUCUUGCAACUUGGAAAAAGUUUUCUGACCAACUCAUUCUGCCCUCCCUUACUGUCAGAAAAAAAAAAUGUGCAGAAAUUGUAGUUUUAGGCAGAAAUGUGAACAAAUUGUAGUUUUAGGCAUAAAACUUGUGAUAGUACACUUAAAGAGGAACUUUUGUACCUUAUCUACCCCUAAAAGCUACAUAUUAGUACCGAAUACGUACCUUUUAUGUAUUACUGUGUACACUUUUAGGGUUAAAUAAGUUACAAAGAUGUGAUUGAGGUACUGACCCAGUGACAAGCUGUAACAAUUCCUGAGAUUGUUGAAAACUCUUAAGUAGUGAUGUUCUGUGAAUGAUAUUGGCUGUGGUUUGAAGUCAUCCAAUGAUCUCCGAUGCCUCAAUCUCUUCACAUCCUGUGACAUGUUUACAAGCCCCCUGUGUCUGAGCUUUCUGUUGGCCUUAGUUUUUUCUCAUUUCUGCUUUGGGAAGGGCCGCAAUGGACCUCAUCUUUCUUAUUCAAACAUUUCUCGCCUGAUAUCAUUCUUUUCAUUGCCAAUAGAUGAUGUUCCUGGGAGGACCUCAUUGCAGAAGACUGAAUCAGAGGAUCAGAAAUACAGAUGGCCAUUACACAGAUUUCUGGUGUGCUGUAAUCACCACCCUGCCUGUUUGUUUAUUGUUGUGACCUGUCUUUCUAUAUCCUUUCGGUUUUUGUAAUGAUGUCUCUGGUACUUUGCAGAUGGAUACUUGCACAUACUUUGUUUUAUUUGUGGGGAGGGGCCGGGCAUCUAAUUUAUUCAAUGAAAUAAAGACAAUAUGAUGACGCUA